GUAACGUUUUUUGUUUACUGUCAAAAAGAGCGUCUGCUAAUAUCAACAUAUUUUUACUUUUAUUAAAAUAAUAACUUGAAAAAAUUUUGUGUUUUUCCGAAAAGAAAACUACUGAAUAAUGUUAGAGAAUUAUUUUUACUGUUUAGAAGAAAACAAUUCAAUGUUCAAAAUUUAAACUUCCGUAUUUAUGGUAUUUAUUUAUCAAUGUUUUAUGAAUCGCAAUGAUUUGCUGUUAGCACUCUCAAAGUAAAUUAUUUCUUUAAACAUAAAUAUAUUAGAAUUUAGGCAAAAAUAUGAGUGGUUUAAGAAGUGGUACCUGUAUGGCAAUGUGUCCAGAAAAAGAACGACGCAUGAGAGAAGAGAAAUGUUUAUUGCACAUUUUUGAGAAGGACGAGACAAAAAAUACAAAAUAUCCAAAAGCAGAUUCUGCGAAAAUAGUCAAGUGUUUCAAUAGACCAGCAGCUGGCCGAUCAAUGACAGAUCUCAGUGAAUUAAGACCUAAACCGGUUUUAAUUAUGACUAUUAACUAUUUAUUUACCAGAAUAGCAACAAGAGCCGAUUAUAAUUGGGUAUUUAUUUACGAUUUUAUUUUUGAUAGAUUGCGAGCCAUAAGGCAAGAUUUAGUUAUUCAAAGAAUCGAUCCACUGGACGCAAUUGAAAUAUUAGAACCAAUCGUUCGAUUCCACGUUUAUGCGGCACAAAGAUUGUGUACCCAUUCUAUCUCUACGUUUGAUCCAAAAAUAAAUUAUCAACAUUUGCUAGAGUGUUUAAAACACUUACUGGUUUGUUAUGAUGAGUGCAGUAAAAUUGAGAUCGACAAUAAUGAUAUUGAUGCGGCAUUGAAAAAUUUGAAUUUGAGGAAUAAUCGUUCGGAAAUGGAAGCUAUUUAUCUUUUGAUCAAUUUAGGGGAAAUUAAUUCUCUCACUAGGGGUUUAAAUUUACCGAGAAGAUAUAAGCAAUCUUCAGAAGUGAAACUAGCGAUGAAAAUAUCACUUACUGCUUACUUGAAAAAUUAUGUUCGCACCUGUCGAUUAAUAAGUACAUUGCCGCCUUUAUUGAAAUCCGCCGCUUUAUGUAAUUUAAGAAAAAUAAGAAGUGAAUCAUUGCAAGUGAUGAGUGAAGGAUACAAUAGCAAGACAUUAACAUUCCCAAUAAAUAAAUUGCAAGAAAUAUUACUAUAUCGUGAUAUUUGUCAAAUCAAGACUGAUUGCCAAUUGUUUGGCCUAAUGUUCACUAAUGAAAAUGUUUUCUUUGAAAAAAAGAAAUUUGUGAACGCUGAUAAAUUUGCUUAUCCAGAAAUGUUGUUUGACGCGAAAGAAUUGCACCAACUUUUACCAGGAAUUUUAUUAGAUUAGUGAAAAAAAUAAUUCUUGAUUAUUAAGAAUUCAGAGAAAAAGUCUGCUAGUAUAAUGUAAAAUAUUCAACAAACUGGUUUUGUAAAAAAAUAGGAUCAAUGUUAUUAAAAUUAAAUAAACUCUAUUUAAAUUA